UUCCUAUUCAUACCGAAGCUGUCAAACCAGUUACCCCCUUUCCUAGCGAAAAUAGCGCUUCCUACGGCAAGACCCGGCAUCUACUAGUGAGGUCGGCAGUGUUAGCAUCAAGGUUGCCCCGUGCAAUGCCAGCCUGGCAGCAGCAAGCGAUGCGCAAGGCCGGCUGAGCCUAGCUGCGGGAUGGGGUGCACAGGUCUUCCAGGGGUGUCUGCACGCGCACCUCCCUGCACGGUGUAGGCCUGCGCGUGCUGCCGCGAGGACGAAUGGAAUCUUACCCGGAGGAUGACGUAUGAUCUAAAACUGAAGAAAUUCUUGUGUGAGUGAUUCCUUUCGCUAUCCCCAGCGUCAAAAGAGCAGGAAUCCAUCAGACUCCUAACCAAGCCCCAAGGUUUUAGGAGAAUACCGUCAGAUACCUCUACUCCAGCUUGCUCCUGUUUGUGUAAAGUGCCUUUUCAUAUGCAAAAGAAGGGUGAGGAGGGGAGUGUCUUAUUUCCCACUUGCAGUGGGAUUUCCAGCUACCUUUUCAACAGAGCUAAACUGAGAGCUUCUAAGUUUUCCCCAAAUGACUUCCAUACCAGUCAUUUAAACAACGGAGUUCCUUGGGUGACUGAUUCAGGCAGCUUUGGAGAAUCGGCAACUUGGUUUUCAAAAUGCUUAUUAAGGAAUAUCGUAUCCCUCUGCCGAUGACUGUGGAGGAGUAUCGGAUUGCCCAGCUCUACAUGAUACAGAAGAAGAGCAGAGAAGAAACUUGUGGAGAGGGCAGUGGUGUGGAGAUCCUAGAAAAUCGACCCUACACAGAUGGUCCUGGGGGAGCUGGGCAGUACACACACAAGGUCUACCACAUUGGCAUGCACAUACCCAGCUGGUUCCGCUCCAUCUUGCCCAAAGCUGCCUUGCGAGUGGAAGAAGAAUCCUGGAAUGCUUAUCCAUAUACACGUACCAGAUACACCUGUCCAUUUGUGGAGAAGUUUUCCAUAGACAUAGAGACUUUCUAUAAGUCUGAUUCUGGAGAUCAUGCCAAUGUGUUCAACCUUUCUCCACUAGAAAAAAGACAAGCAGCACUUGAUCCCAUUGAUAUAGUAAAGGAUCCUAUACCUCCACAUGAGUACAAGGCAGAAGAAGAUCCCAAGCUAUACAAGUCACUGAAAACCAAGAGAGGCCCUUUAUCAGAUGAUUGGAUAGACGAGCAGAGGAACAACACUGGACAAUAUCCCAUCAUGUGCGCCUACAAGCUAUGCAAGGUGGAAUUCCGCUACUGGGGAAUGCAAUCCAAAAUUGAGAGAUUUAUUCAUGAUGUUGGUCUGCGGAAAGUAAUGGUCCGAGCACACCGACAAGCAUGGUGUUGGCAGGAUGAAUGGUAUGGCCUUACUAUAGAAGACAUUAGGCAACUGGAAAAGGAAGCACAGUUGAUGUUAGCACAGAAAAUGGCCCAGUUUAGCCAGAAUGAGAACGAGGCAGAACAACAUGGAUCCAAAGAAUCUCCCAGUGAGAAGGAUUCAGAGAACAAGGCCAUCACUUCCAUCGAAACUCCAGAUGCAACCAGCGGCAUGACUGAAUCAUUGUCAGGAAGAGGACUAACUAAGCAGUGGUCCACUUCCUCCAGGUCAUCUAGAUCUUCAAAACGAGGAGCUAGCCCAUCCCGCCACAGUAUAUCAGAAUGGAGGAUGCAGAGCAUCGCAAGGGACUCGGAUGAGAGCUCAGAUGAUGAAUUCUUUGACGCCCACGAAGAUUUGUCAGACAAUGAAGAUGUAUUACCCAAAGAAAUAACAAAAUGGAACUCUAAUGAUUUUAUGGACAAGAUAGAAACCACUGAGACUGACGACCUACAAGAUGAUUCAUAUCAUGAAACGGUCAGCUCCAGUGUGGAAGGAUUAAGCAUAAUGGAGAGUCAUACCGCUGUUAUCCACACACAAGUCAUUCCCAGCAGCCCUGCUGUUAUUGUCACAAAUACCAUUACCAGCUCUGCAGCUCGGGGAACAGAUGACUCAGCACAGGCCUCCAUGCAGCCAUGCAAAAUUCAUGUACUAAUCUUAGUGCUUCAUGGGGGAAACAUCCUGGAUAGCGGCAGUGGAGACCAGAAUUCCAAGCAUGGUGACGUCAACACCAUUAACUCUGUGUUUGACACAGUAAUGCGGGUCCAUUAUCCAGCUGCACUAGGACACAUUGCAGUCAGACUUGUUCCAUGCCCUGCCAUCUGCUCAGAAGCUUUUUCACUCGUAUCCAACUUGAGCCCGUACAGUUAUGAUGAAGGCUGCUUAUCCAAUAGCCAAGAUCACAUUCCACUUGCGGCCCUCCCAUUGCUGGCCACUUCAUCCCCACAGUACAUCGAAGCAGUGGCUGCAGUGAUUCAGCGUGCCAACCAGGUGUUUGCAGAGUUUACCAAGUCACAUGAGGGCUCAUGCUUUACUGGGCAGGUGUGUUUAGUUGGUGACUGUGUAGGAGGAAUUCUUGGAUUUGAUGCCUUAUGUUACAGCAAUCAGACGGUAUCCGAGAGCCAGAACAGCAGCCGGAGAGGAAGUGUUGUGAGUGUGCAGGAUACAGACCUCUUGUCUCCGGGCAUUAGCGUCAACAACAGUUACUGCUCCAGUAGUUCAAAUCUGGAGACCAGCCGGCAUUUGAGCCGCAGCAAUAUUGACAUACCUCGGAGCAAUGGUGAUGACCCAAAGAGACAACUUCCUCGGAAAAGGAGUGAUUCCUCUACAUAUGAACUGGACACUAUCAAACAACAUCAAGCUUUCCUCUCAAGUUUACACUCAACUGUCCUGAGAAAUGACCCAGGCUCCCGUAGGUCAAGUAGCUCAACAAUGCUGGAUGGUGGCAACAUCGGAAAAUUUGAAUUUGAGAUCACAGAUUUCUUCCUGUUUGGAUCCCCUCUUGGGCUUGUGCUGGCUCUGAGAAAAACUGUUAUUCCAGCUCUAGACAUUUUUCAGCUUAGGCCAGGUUGCCAGCAGGUUUACAAUCUCUUCCAUCCGGCCGACCCUUCUGCCUCGCGAGUGGAGCCACUUCUGGAGAAAAAGUUUCAUUUAUUGCCUCCAUUCAACGUUCCUCGAUAUCAGAGGUUCCCACUGGGUGAUGGCAAUUCUGCUCUGCUGGUCGAAGCUGUGCAGAACAACCCCAUCCUGCUCAUGGAAGGCAGCUCGGCUGUUGCUCUCCAGAGACAAGAUGGCGUCAUGGAAACCAGUAUCCCUGUUCCUGUCCUAAACUGCCAAGACACUUCCAGUAAACCUGCCACUGGUGUUGAAUCGGAUGUUGUUCAAUUUCAUGGUGCAGUCUUCGUGGAAAAUGCCUCCCCUUCCUCCCCUAUAACAGCCCCACACUUCAGGGGAUACCGAAGAGCAAGUGAGAUCAGCAUUGCAAGUCAGGUCUCGGGAAUGGCAGACAGUUACACAGCUUCAAACAUAGCCAACAAAACAAAAAAUGAUCUUAAUCAGUCCAGAAAGCUAAGUCUCCUUUCCCAGCUUGCUCUUCCUUACAAAUCUAACAUAAACGAAAGUACAAACCAUAGACAAUACCACUCUGAAAAGAGUCACGCAGGACGAAUGCUAGAGGUGGGUGAUUGGAAGCACAGCAUGAACCCAGACUUACAAGACUUGGACAUCUCCAAAGUUGCAGCCAAGUGGUGGGGCACAAAGAGAAUCGAUUAUGCUCUUUACUGCCCAGAUGCCCUUACAGCUUUCCCCACUGUCGCUCUUCCUCACCUUUUCCAUGCCAGUUACUGGGAAUCCACAGAUGUGGUCUCUUUCCUCUUAAGACAGGUGAUGAGACAUGAAAACUCAAGCAUUCUGGAGUUGGUUGGAAAAGAGGUCUCUGUGUUUAGCCCUUCAAAGCCAAGGGAGAAGUGGCUGCGGAAGAGAACGCAUGUUAAACUAAGGAACGUUGCUGCCAAUCACAGAAUAAAUGAUGCUGUUGCCAAUGAAGAUGGUCCUCAGACGCUCACAGGGAGGUUUAUGUACGGACCUCUUGACAUGGUCACGCUAACUGGAGAAAAGGUUGACAUUCAUAUUAUGACCCAACCUCCAGCUGGUGAGUGGGUUUACUUUGACACCGAAAUAACUAACAGCAGUGGCAGAAUUUCUUAUAUUAUUCCUGAGCCUAAAAGACUGGGAAUUGGUGUGUACCCCGUUAAAAUGGUUGUCAGGGGAGACCAUACAUUUGCUGACAGCUACAUUACUAUUUUACCAAAAGGGACAGAAUUUGUUGUUUUCAGCAUUGAUGGGUCAUUUGCAGCAAGUGUUUCUAUCAUGGGCAGUGAUCCCAAAGUCAGAGCGGGAGCAGUCGAUGUAGUGAGACAUUGGCAGGACCUUGGCUACCUCAUUAUCUAUGUCACAGGCAGACCUGAUAUGCAGAAGCAGAGGGUGGUGGCAUGGCUUGCACAGCACAACUUUCCUCAUGGUAUAGUGUCAUUUUGUGACGGCCUGGUCCAUGAUCCACUUAGACACAAAGCAAACUUUCUGAAAAGUCUCAUUACUGAGGUACAUAUGAAAGUCCAUGCAGCUUAUGGCUCUACAAAGGACAUCACAGUAUACAGUGCUCUUGGUCUGUCACCUCUUCAGAUUUAUAUUGUAGGGCGAGCUACCAAGAAGUUACAGCACCAGUGUCAGUUUAUCACAGAGGGCUAUGCCUCUCAUCUCGCCCAACUGGAAUAUAAUCACCGCUCCCGACCUGCCAAGAACACCAGCAGAAUGGCACUAAGGAAGGGGAGCUUUUGUCUUCCUGGACAGUCAGAGUUUCUGAGGAAAAGGAACCAUUUGCUUCGUACCAUCUCCUCCCAGCCUACAGGGAGCAGUAACCACAAACCCGAACGAACACAGAGCCAGUCAGAGAGUGACCGGGACCGAGAGAAGGAACGCAGCCAAAGAAGCAUGAGUAUUGCAGCAGGAUGCUGGGGGAGGAGUGCAACUGCUGCUAAGAUGGAAUCUGGCGUUUUAAGUCAGAAAUAGGCUCUCACACCCUGGACAAUUUCUUGUUUCUUGCCACAUCAUAAGAUGAAAAAAAUUAUAAAGGAACAGAGGCAAAACUGUGCAGGAAAGACGGAAUUAACAAAAUGGUGCUACUAUAUAACAACAUUUAGCAAAGCUGGUGACGCUAAAGAUGUGUUGAACUGCAGGCCUUAAAUAGGGUAGCCAUGCCCAUAAUAUAAAUUAUAACAUACACAAUUGAGGGGAACAGAUGGAGAGAUUCUACACAGCCCCACAUUUUUAUAUCCAGGUUCCAAGACUUACCAGUGUAAAUAUGUGCCUCCUUUACCUUCUUAGCCAUCUCCGAAACUUUACUGAAUAAUGCACAAGUAUCUGGAUCAGACUGGUUUCUAUAGGCUGAGAUCCAGAUCUCUGUAUGUAAUGAUCUGCAACCAUUAUAAUCCACAGGCUUCAGAAGUGACCACCUAUUUUCUCUAUCCACAACACAGCAAAUCAAAAUAUUGCUUUAUUUUUUAUUUUUUAAAUAGCUUAAAGUUGGCAGUGGUGGUUUGUACAUCACAAACAGUCAGCUGUUUUUAACGUUGCGGCUGUAUAUUGGGAAAUAUGACAUGUUCAUCAAUUCUUAUGAAAGCAUUAUAAGGAUGUACUGAACUGUAAUUUCUGUGACUAAAGCGGACACUCCAAUCACUUAUCAGAAGCCUUUUUGUUCUAAGGCUUCUUAGGAUUCUGUGUCUGCCUUGCUACUUUUUCUUGUAGUUGCUCAACUGUAAAACCUCAUUGGUUAUUUGUUUAUUUUUUUUUUGCACUGAUAACUUUUUUAGAUUGGAGAUUUGUUACAUCUCAUGUAGCUACACAUCAUUGUCUGUAGUGCAUGAUAAUUUAAUAUUGCUAAUCCAGGGUAUAUAUAUUUUUGUGCAGAUGUUUUCUUUUUUUUCACAGAAAGUAUAGUUAAAGCAGGUGUGCCAAAAAUGAAAAACACACAGAAAAAAAAAAGGCCAUAUUUUAAUUUUCUCAGCUCCUCAAAAUAUCUAUUUAUAAAAUCACAGAAGGGAGUUGCAUAUAAGGCACGUUUAUUAAGCACAAGCAUUAUGUGCUUACCACCUGCAAAGCUAGAUAUUAACAAGCUGUAAAUAUGCUAAAAUCAUAUUGCAACCACUUUCUAAUUAACAUGGGUAACAACAGAUUAAUCACAGCACACACUGCUAAAUAAGGAGUGCUGUACAGUACAGCUGUACCAGAUCCAGCACUGUGACAUUUUUAUGGUCUUUGCCUACAAACCUUGACUAUAGGGGAUUAUUUAAUUUAAAAUAUAUAUAUAUAUAUUAGACUUUAAAUUCAUACAGUGUGUGGUUAUGAGCAGUUCAAAUAAAAAUUAGCCACAUAUGUCCCUGAACAUCUAUAGAAAAGCAUCAAAUCAUAAUAUUUUUAAAUAUUUAAUAUAGAUAUUUACCUUCCACCUAAUAAUUUUAGGAUUACCUGUAAUGUAGCUUUUCAAAUGACUCUGCUCUCUAUGGAAGUGGCAUGUUAGCAAACAGUACAUAUAUAUUGCACAUACAUACGUAUUCCUACAUUAAAUAGACCAUAAAGUUGUAUUUAGUGUCUAGAUCCAGAGGUCAACUUCUCGCUAAAGCUUAGUAAACAAGACCAUGGUCAGGAUGUGUCACAUAUAUAUAUAUAUAGCAUCCUAGAGUAUAAAUAGCUUCACUACUUAGCAUAUGUAACCGGCAGUAAUCCAAAGUUAUCAGGUACUGUUUGUGGGUCAUUAAUUGGUAAAUAAUUAUAUUGAAUUAAGUUAUUGGAUGAAAGAUUCUUAUAAAACUGAUAUCAUUUUUUAAAAUUUGAAAUAUAAGUGAACAAAAAACAGAACUAAAGUUUCAGUUCCACUAAAAACCUUAGAUCUAUGAAGUUAAUUAUUCACUCCACACAAAGCCAACAUGCAUCUCACUAUUUGCCAUAAAGCCUUUUUGUAAAUUCAGUGUAACGGUAGCAGUACGCUCACUAGAGGCUCUGCUUACAAAGCCUAUACUUAUUAAGGAAUACAGAACAGUAAAUUACAUCCACUGAGCGUGAGCCCCAAGCUCACAGUAAUUCAUUCUAGUUAAUAUUACAUUUCUUGCUAUAUAGAAGCUCAUCGAGGAGUAAAUUACUGAAUUAAAAUCAGUUGUAGUUUACCAUGUGAAGGAAGCAUUAUAUAACAAAAUGCUCAACCUCGUUACCCUAGAUAUUUUGUAAUGAUAUCAUUUUAUUAAAGGGACAUGAAACCCCAAAAUGUUUCCUUGUGAUUCAGAUAGAGUAUACAAUUUUAAACAAAUUUACUUAUAUUAUCUAUUUGCUUACUUUACUUUUCUUGGUAUCCUUUUUCAAAAUUAUACCUAGGUAGGCUCAGAAGCUGGGAGCUAGCUGCUGAUUGGUGGCUGCACAUAUAUGCCUUUUGUCAUUUGCUUACUGAUGGGUUCAGCUAUCUCCCAGUAGUGCACUGCUGCUCCUUCAACAAUGGAUACUAUGAGAAUGAAGCACAAUUGAUCAUAAUAGUAAAUUGAGAAGUUGUUAAAAAUCUACGCUCUAUGGAUUAUGAAAGAGAAAACAUUGGGUUUCAUGUCCCAUGAAAAUAUUUUUAAUACAUAGUUUAAAAACAUUAUCAUUAAACUUUUAUUACAUAUUUCCUUGGUAAAGUAAUUCAAUUUACAUACAUAUACAGGGCUGGAAAUGUCUACUAGUCCCAGACUAGUAGUAAGAAAUCCACUUUUGCCUAUAUUUUUUUUAUUUACAAUUGAGUGAACUAGUAAUCCCCCCGCUAAUUAGUAUACUAUAGUAUGGUACACACAAUCCCUCACUUAACAUAAUGUCAUUUUUACCAUAGUGUCAUUUUGCUGGGCUAUUACAUAGUGCUAGCACUUCUACACAUACCCUUAAGAAUUGAUGUGACAAAUUUAACUAAGAUGCCUCACAACCGAUUUUGUAGUUUCCAUACCUGGGAUUAUUAACUUCUAUAACCAAACAGUAACACAGUGUCAAUUGAACUUUAUAGACAUACAUAUAUUAUACACACACACAUGUAGAAUGCUGUAGAACAGUACUGUUACAGCAUAAAGCACACAUUAGGUACUUCCUAUCCUGAUGAUCUUAAUUAGGAAUGAAAAUGGGGUAUUUGGUACCUAUUAGUCUAUAUGCUGUCAAUUUUUAAAACAAUUGCAUUUUUAAAUUUCUCAAGAGGGAAUGCUUAAGCAUAAUAUUCAGAUAGUGUUGUUUAAUAUAGAGAAAUGAAGAAUUAUAUAUGGCCUUUAACCAGAAGUAACGCUAAGCUAAAAUGCACAAAAGGGAGGAGAUGUAUGUAAAUUUAUUGUAAUGUGCAAGGGAUGAUAACCUAUUGUGUGUAGAUAUUGUAAAACAUAAGAAUGUAAAUGUUCAGAAAAAAAGUGGUUAUAUAAAAAAGUGAAAGUUAUUUAUUUAUGUAGAAAAUGUUUUGGGUGGGAAAGGAGGGUGGGACGUACCCUCUGGGUUUUUAAAUUAAUAUUUGAAAGAAAAAAAAAAAGUUACAAGUUUUUUUUUUUCCAGACGUUAUGUAAAAAGCAAUUAUUUUAAAGGACCAAGUAUAAUGUAAUUGUCAAAUGCAAAAGUGCAAUAUUAAAUGUUCACCUCUAUAGCUCCAUGUUUUCAAAGUAGAAUUGACAAUCAUAUUCUGUAUACGUUUUCCAUACAUUAACUCUUGGUUAAAAUGUUUAUACCUUUUCCGCAAAAGAGUUUUGGGUGUUUGCCACGUAGAGUAAAAAAUACCCUAUAUAUUUCAAUGUGAUUGCAAUAAUAUAUUCUGCAGAUGUACAGAAUAGGAGGCUGAGCCCCCAUAGUAUUUAUCUUUUAAUUGGGGGUCCUUGGCUCUUCAUCCAAUCUGUGAGAAAUUGCAAUCCUUCCCAUUUACUUGUUAGAUGAAACGUAAAGGGUUCACAUUAGUUUGUAUUUAUUGUUUGAUAGCAAUAGUUUUAAUUCAGUUUAUAGUGGGAGCAGCUGGUUUGUAUUCAUUAAAAAAACAAAAAACCUUUAAUCAGUUUUAAACUGCAAAUAUUUUUGUACCUGACCCUGUUGCUAAAAGCAUAAUGUUCUACACCUAUUUAUCUUCUAACAAGUAGUCUAAAAAUUGCCACUAUGAAUUCAACAACUUAGUUGCAAAUAACCAAAAAAAAAAAAGUUUACAAUGUUAGAAAAUACAAUAAAUGAAAACCAGAAUAUUGUUAACCCCUUCUUUGCCAGAGGGAUGAAGCACUCUCUGAUAAACAGUCUAUUAAACCAGUCUGCCUCCCACACAUUGUGCACUUUCUGAAGCCCAACAGACUUGUCAUCUUUGCUGCAUUUCCUAUCAGUUGUUAUAGCCUUAGAUUUUUUUUUCAAUUCUUUAUACUGUCCUAUGUAUUAUUACCCUAUGAGUGUAAUGUUCACUGUCUGUUUUAUAUAUGACUGUUUUAUUUAUACAAAGCUGUUUGUUAGGCAAAAAGUUAAACAACAAUAAAAUAUAAAGGCUAUGUGGGUAUGUACAAGUGAGGUACACAGAGGCCUGCACAAGCCCCACGGACUGGUUUUCAUUUUUUGUAUUACUUUGGUGUAAGGAUAUACAAUGCUAUUUUGCUUGUAUGUGGCAAACCAUAAUGACUACUUGCUGUUAGUGCAUUGUUUUUUUGCCUCAGUGUGCUUUCAGUGCAGUACCCAUUGUACGUUACACAGAUUAAAAACUUGGGAAGAUU